AUCAUAUUUUUUACUGUUGCAGCUCGAAGCAAAUUUUCGUUUUAUUUUUUGUGAUGUAGUAGUGUUCACUUACACAAUCAUAUUCGCGGCAGCACAUUCAGAUAUGAUAUUUACUGACGUCAGAGGCAGGAGGAGGACAGAGGGCUCGUAACACCGGAAGUCUCGUCAGGAGAUCGGACAACGGGAGGCGGAACUCAAAACACAUCCGUGUAGAAACGCGUGCUUUUUUUCUGUCAGGUCAAAACUAUACGUCCUGUAUGUUAGAGACACUUCACACAGCGACUCUGCUGAGGCUUUAAUACGCGUUUUACACUUUUUCUUUUUACAUGUUUUUAUAAGAAAACACUCCACCAUGUCCGGAGCAUUAGCACGACUGCUUUUCUAUCCGACUUUAGCCUACAAUGUUGUCAUGGAGAAGGUAACUUCGCGGCGGUGGUUUGACAGAGUGGAUGAGACAGUGGUGCUUGGAGCUCUGCCGUUCAGAUCCAUGACCAGACAGCUUGUAGAAACAGAAAACAUUCGAGGGGUCAUCACCAUGAACGAGGAUUAUGAGACUAAAUUCUUCUGCAAUACCUCUGAGGAGUGGCAGGCUGCAGGCGUAGAGCAGCUGAGACUGAGCACCGUUGAUAUCACCGGCGUCCCCACUCUGGAGAACCUGCACCGUGGCGUGGAGUUUGCUCUGCAGCACAGAGAUAAGGGAUCUAGUGUGUAUAUCCACUGCAAGGCCGGACGCUCCCGCAGCGCCACCAUGGCUGCAGCCUACCUCAUACGGUUAAACUGCUGGACUCCAGAGGAAGCCUGUCAGAAGCUUGCGUCAGUUCGACCCCACAUCCUGGUACGUGCCACUCAGCUGGAUAUGCUGAGGAGAUACCACCUGCAGGUGUGUGGAACGUCCUGAUGAGUCCAAGUGGCGACAGGUCGUACAUCUGUAUGUUUUCAGCAGUUGGACUCCUACUUGUGUCAAGACACAAAACGCAGCUGUUGUGAUAUCAAUCAUUUCUCUACAUCCAAUGUACACUAAUGUACACCCAAGGUUCAUGUCUAACACUGCCCUUUCUCUCUCUUUUUUUUUUUUUUAUCAAGUUUCAAGAUUUUUAUUUGCAAAUUUCACUCAAGGAAAACUAUCAAGGCUUUUUUUAACUGACCUUUCAUAAAUCCUGAUUCUUCAAAUCGACAGUGUUGACACAGAACAAUGGCUAAAACCAUUUUUCCUAAAAAUCCAUUUCCGUGAUCCUGUUUUAGCCAAAAUAGUUUUUCCAAUUCCACAAGAAAACUAUAUUUUUCAAUACAGUUCUUUUCAAGUGUAAACAAAAACACAACGUAUGACAUUGUUGUGAACUGGUUACAUUUGCAGUGAUACAACAAGAUGCAGACUUAUUUAUACACAGUUAGAUAAUUAAGCUUCUGAGUUACUGGGUAUACUAGAAAUACUUUUAUUUAAAAGGAUUAUUUUUCAUCUGGUGUCUUAUAACUUAAAGAGGAUGUUAAAUAAAAUAUUUGUGACAUGAAAACAAACUAAAGGUGUUUCUGCUUCCUUAUUUUCAGCAUUAAGGUGUUGCUGUAAGCGUGUGUCUGCUGUGAGCAGCUAUAAAUUAUUGUGGAAAUGUGUCUUUAACUACAGUUCCUGCAAAAUUCAUUGGAUCGGUUUGAAUGUGUUGUGUGCGUUUUGAGCUAUUUUAGCAGCCAGUGUGAGCACAAGCGCAGUGCAGCAGCAUCCAGUGUCAACACAGUGUAAAACCUCAGAUCAACCUGUACCUUUUUUAUUUACAGCAUUCAGCCAC